CCCCUCUUCCCCCCCUCACCUCCCUCUACUCCCCCCAACACACACCCACACACUCUUCCUUCCCUACUGACUAAGAAGAACGAUAUCCCCCCUCCUUCCGUGGAACACACGCCCACACAAUUCCUUCCCUACUGCCAAAAAGGAAUGACAGUGCUCUUUUCCGAAUGGCUGGCGGGAAACAUCCCCACAGGCAUCUAAUGACAAAAGGGCUAGCUAUCCUUAUCAUUGUGUACUUUACAUAAUGACGAUGACAAGAACAUCACGCCUUGAGAACAACAUCCCCUCGGAGUGGGAGCAAGAAGGACGGAACAUCACGUCUCGCAAACUAUCUCCCAUCAGAGUGUGAACGAGAGACGAGAACACAAAUGUGUACGUAACGAAGCUUUACUUACCAAAGGGAACUCCCGAUACUUGCAACUGAGCAUCGCGCAGAGUCGCAGACAGACUUUGGCUGCUAGAUGCAAAGUCGAAAGGCAAACAUAUAAUCCUGCCUCAAAGCACGGUCACUAACCAACAAACCAACCCGUCCGACUCCCCAGCCCGGUCUUCAGCUCAGAGGCAAAGAAGCAAGCACACCCUCCACCGGAGAACAAAGCCAACAGGAGCAUGAACUGUAGUCACAUCUACACUGCCCGGAAUGCUGUGAGUGGAGAUGGGUUGCACAGGGGCCGGGGGGGAGGGGGGGAGGGGAGGGGGAAGAGAGAGGCAGGGGGGAGGGGAGAACGCUCGCGAACAAGGUUGCAGAAAGUGGACAGACGGCACAAGGAGGAGAGAAUAGGAGAGGCCAGCCGGCGCAUGGGUGCCUAUAUUAACUGCCAUCGACGGAAGCACUUUUCACAACGUAACGGGGAUAGGUUUGGAGUUCGCAGAGGGCUGGUUACCCCAGCAGGAGGAAGGGAGAAUUGGAGAGGUGAGUCACGGCAUGGACGACCGACAGCACUGCUUGCAGUGUCAUGGGAACGGGUUUGGGUUUGGGCGCACGUGUGGGUCCCGUCUUUUCACGAUAUGGACCUUGGGAACCAAGGGCGGUGGGGGUCUUUUCAGAUCGUGGACAUCGUCCACUGAUAUGAUCAAUAUCAACAUUACUCGUCCAUAUCGAUUCCCGCAAAAAGAAAUCAAACCAAGAUGGUUGAGCAGACUGUCGUUCAGGAGACGUGCCCGACAAGAGAGUGAUUAUCAUCGCAAGAUCAAAAUCAGAUAAUCGAGCGAGCGCGGGGCAGGGAAGAACGCCACGGACCGCGCCUGUAUGUCACAUCCCCAAAUCAUAAUCUGAACUAAUUGGCAAGUCAUGUUGCCUUGCUAUCAAACUCGUAAUCCUGGAUCAGUCUGAUGAACCAGGCACGGAAAUCAGACCAGGAACGGAAGUCUAUAGCUACAUUGUACAAGCCCUGGGCCCUCGAGCAUGUAAAGAAAACACAUAAACGAGGCCCCACCGGCAGACCGAACAAAAAUCACAGCCCAUC